AACUCCUGCACCAUGAAGUGGCUCAUCCUGGCCCUGGUGUGUCUCCAGCUCUCGGAGGGGCUGGUGAGAGUCAAACUGAAGAAAGCCAAGUCUAUACGGGAGAAAAUGAGGGAGGCUGGAGUGCUAGAGGACUACCUGAAAAAAAUUAAAUAUGAUCCAGUUAAGAAAUACCGCUUCAGUGAUGACUAUGUUGUGUAUGAGCCAAUAACCAGCCAUCUGGAUUCCUCUUACUUCGGGGAGAUCAGCAUCGGGACCCCCCCCCAAAACUUCUUGGUGCUCUUCGACACCGGCUCCUCCAACCUGUGGGUGCCCUCCAUCUACUGCCAGACGCCGGCGUGCCUCAAUCACACGAUGUUUGAGCCCAGUGAGUCCUCCACCUUCACCUCCAACGGCCAGUCCUACACCCUCUCCUAUGGCAGCGGCACGCUCACGGUGGUGCUGGGCUACGACACGCUGACGAUCCAGAGCAUCGUGGUCACAAACCAGGAGUUCGGGCUCAGUGAGAAUGAGCCAACGCAGCCUUUCUACUAUGCCGAUUUUGAUGGGAUCCUGGGAAUGGCCUACCCCUCGCUGGCGGUGGGAGGGACGCCCACCGUGCUGCAGGGCAUGCUGCAGCAGAACCAGCUCACCCAGCCCAUCUUCAGCUUCUACUUCUCUCGCCAACCCACCUAUGACUAUGGAGGAGAGCUCAUUCUCGGAGGAGUUGACUCUCAGCUCUUCUAUGGGGACGUUAUGUGGGCACCGGUGACCCAGGAGCUUUACUGGCAGGUCGCGCUUAAUGAGUUUGCUAUCGGACAGUCAGCGACUGGCUGGUGCAGCCAGGGCUGCCAGGCCAUCGUGGACACGGGGACGUUCCUGCUGACGGUGCCCCAGGAGUACUUCAACAGCUUCCUUCAGGCCAUGGGUGCCCAGGUGACCAGCGACGGGUAUGCAGUUGACUGCAACGAGGUCCAGAACAUGCCCACCAUCACCUUCGUCAUCAAUGGAGCUCAGCUCCCACUCUCCCCCUCCGCCUACGUCAUGGAGAACAACGGCUACUGCACUCUUGGGAUUGAGGUCACCUACGUGCCUUCCCAGAAUGGGCAGCCGCUCUGGAUCUUGGGUGACGUUUUCCUCAAGGAGUAUUACACCAUCUUUGACAUGGCUAACAACCGCAUUGGCUUUGCCUCGUCGGCGUAGAAGAGUGGAGCAGCAAAAUCCAGCCCCUGUCCUGGCCAAACA